AUGUCUUCUUUAUCAAUUACAUCAUCAUCCACAUCAUCAAUUACAUCUUCGAAUGGAAUACAACAACCACCAUUCAAUCCUUUGGCAAACUUGGAUGAUAAACAAUUGGCAGCUUUAAAGGAACUGAGGAAUAAUUUGAAAGAUAUAACUGAUCCAGAGUCUGUUGCAUUCUGCAAUGAUAUGUGUCUGCUGAGAUACCUGCGCGCCAGAAACUACACGGUGGCCAAGUCGGAGAAGUUGCUGCGCGGCACCAUCGAGUGGAGGAAAAAGUACAGACCACAGGAUAUCAAGCUUGCAGAGAUCUCCGAGAUUGCCCGCACCGGUGCCAUCUACGUCAAUGGCAAGGACCUGAAGGGUCGUCCCAUCAUCAUAGCGCGUCCAAGAAACGACACUCUCAAGAAGGUGCCAGUGGAGCUCAAGUUCAGGAACCUGGUGUACCAGCUCGAGUCGGGCUUCAGACAGAUGGACGAGUCAAAGGGUGUGGAGCAGUUCUGUUUCGUCGUGGACUACCAUGGAUUUUCAAGAAAGAGUUUGGACAUGAAGGCUAACCUGGAAAGCAUGCACCAUCUCCUCGACCACUGUCCAGAGCGCAUGGGUCAGUCACUGUUCCUUGACCCACCCACCAUGUUCUGGGUGGCGUGGAAGGUUAUCUCUCCAUUUUUGAACGAGGUCACCUUGGCCAAGGUAAAGUUCCUGCACUCAAAGAAGAUCAAUGGCAAGCGUGUGUUCCCAGAGCUGGCCAACUACAUUGCACAGGACCAGCUCGAGCUGGACCUGGGCGGCGAGAACCCAAUCACAUUCAACCGUGAUCCAACCAAGUUCCUCGAGUCUCCAUUCAUGUCGUUGUCAUCCAACUCCCUGUCCUCCUUUGCCGAGAAGGAGGAAGAGGUCUCAUCCGAGGAGGAUGAAGAGUCAAUAGCUGCCUUUUCCGAACAGCAACAGAAGUAUGCUGUUCAACCUACACCUAUUGCAUCAUAG